AUGAAUCAAAGGAAGUAUGCUUUAGGACUUGUGUCUGAGUUGGGAUUAGCAGGUUGUAAGCCUUCUUCUACACCCUUGGAGUUCAAUCACAAGCUAACUUCCACUGUGUUUGAUGAAUUCAUUGGAAAAAAUGCUAAUGCAGAAGACUUACUUCUUGAUGACUUUGGAAAAUAUCAAAGGCUGAUAGGGAAGUUAUUAUACUUAACUAUGACUAGGCCUGAUAUAGCCUUUAUAGUACAGGUACUCAGCCAAUAUAUGCACUCACCAAAAUCAUCUCAUAUGGAAGCAGCACUCAGAGUGGUUAGAUAUAUAAAAGGAACUGCAGGUCUUGGAUUGUUUAUGUCAAGUAACAAAGACAAUGAAAUGGUAGCCUAUUGUGACUCAAACUGGGGGGCUUGUGUAGAAACAAGAAGAUCAGUUACUGGCUAUAUGAUUAAACUAGGAGGAGCACUGGUAUCUUGGAAGUCAAAGAAAUAA